CUUUACUAUAUUUAGUAUAGAUGAACGUACUGUAGAUUCACCGUUCAAGGCCGCGAAUACUCAGAUAAGUUGAUAAGAUAGUUCGAAUUAUGAAAUUGACAAACGUUCUCAGGCGAAUUACCGCCACCAUGAAAGGCAAGUUACAGCUGCAAGAAAACGAAGUAACUAUUAAGGCGCCAUGGGGUAAUAUAGCUGCAUUAUCCUGGGGAGACCCCUCAAAUCCCCCAGUACUAAUGUGCCACGGAAAACUGGAUGCUGGCUCCGGGUUCCGACCCCUCGUCUCCCGGCUACCAACCUCCUUCUUCUACCUGAGCAUAGACUUACCUGGUAACGGCCGGUCUGAUCACCUGCCGAAAGGAGUCCGGUAUACCGUGAUGGAUUUGGUACCGACGUUGGUAAAAGUGAAGGACCAUUUUAAGUGGGACAAGUUUAUUUACAUUGGACAUUCGUUGGGGGUUCCUAUUGGUAAAAUCUUCAACAUAGCAUACCCAGGUCACAUGACGCGCGUAGUAGAACUGGACCCGGUACCAGCUCACCACACCUGGCCGACAACCAGAGAAGGCAUGCACGACUGGUUCCAUAGCUACUAUAUGAUGUACAACGAUGAUAGAUACACCAAGUUCAAUAGUGGCUUGGAGACUGCACCGAAGUAUAGUUAUGAGAAGGCUCAACAAAUGAUGAUGCAGACCAGAGGUUUAUCUAAAGAGGCGACGGACCACGUGUUAGAAAGAUGUCUAGUGCCAGCUGGAGAUGGACUUUACAGGUUCACCUUCGACCAGCGCAUGAAAGAAGUAACAGUUCUACCAUUCUCUGGAGAAAUGUUAGGCAAAAUCUACGCUACAGCUUCCACCCCAACAUUCUGUGUGCUCGCCAAAAAAAUGGUAGACAUAGGCAUUUAUGAACCCGUGCCUUUUGUCAUGGACGAAAAGGCCUGGCCUCAUAGGAAUUAUAAGUUCAAAAUUGUCGAAGGAGGUCAUGAUAUACAUAUUGAAAACCCUGACUGUAUGGCUGAAGAUAUUACGAAGUUUUUACUCGAAGACACUAGAGCAAAGUUGUGAUCAUUUUUUUUUGUUUUUGUGAUAAGUAUACGUUUUUGUUAAA